UACGAUUGAAAUGGCUACUGAUGUUAGCCGAAUUGUUUCCUUCGAGUUUAAGUGUUGAAUUUGUCUUAAUCUGAUCCUACAUAUUCUACUUCGAUUUAUAUUAAUUAUUUCAUUGAGAUUCCUAUAUAACUUGGAGGUGAUAAAAGAUGGAGCACAACGAAGAAGAUUGGUCGAUAGAAUGUUCAGACGACGAGAAAUACGAAACGGAUGGGAAAAACGAAUGGACUUUGAAACCUGACGAUGUAUUAACGUUGAUCGAGGCCCUCGAAGCCAAUAACAGAGCUUUGGAACUCGACUGGAGGUGUCCAGGUAGAAGAGGUCCAUCACCUGUUCCUUCAAGCAAUCGGCAGCAAGAUAAUGACUCGCAGGAGUACAAGACAGAAGAAAAGUCAGACUUUGACUUUAUGGAUGAGAUGUCGUCGCCGAGAUUACCGGUUCGUAGAACUGGAGAAAGCACUCCAAAAGGAAGUGCUAAGAAGAAGACUGCAAGUUUUAACGGUGUACUAUCAACUAUGUUACGACAUCGUAGAUUAGAACAGCAAGAAAUUAAUUCGAGUCCAAAAAAGAUUGAAUCAUCCGUAUCAAAGACACAGCCAACAUAAUCGUUACAUUGAUGUAUUGCGGUAUAAAUGUUAUAUAUAUAUAUAUUUAUAGAUUAUAUUUAUAAUAAAGUUUAUAUUAAAUCUCGAUACAUGAAUAGUAAUCGAAAUUUAAUUGGUUUACUAAUUGAAAUUAUAUAGAUCGGUGAUUGUAUUUUGGGCGAUUAUUAUUUAAUUAUAUACAUAUUCACGUAUAUACUGUGUCAUCUCUCACACAGAGUGUAUUACGUUCGCUUAUGAAUAAUAUUUUAAUUUGGUAAUUAGACACAGUUAAUCAGUGUAUAUUUAUUUAACAGAGAAAUGAACGAAACACGAUAUAUGUUACAAGCAUAAGAGAACUGAGAGAAAAGACAGAACGAAAAAAGAGAAGAAUGAAAUAUACGAUUUCAUGGGUUUCCUUUGGCUGGGUGACUGCUUUUAGCCCAGUCUGGAAAUCCUUUGAUAUCAUAAACUAAAGUACCCCAUAUAGCAAAGCAAGUAACAUUUACUAUGAGAGCGAAUACAGAAGGACCGCAACCUCCUAUUAUUAGCCAUUUGGUUGGAAGUUGCCCGACGACUGAUAUGAUUGCAUUUGGGGGUGUACCAACCGGUAAUCGAAAAGAGUAAGAACACGAUAUAGUUGCUGGUAUCAUUAAAUAUAUGGGAUGUAUCUCCAUUGCAACACACUGUACAAUAAAGUGAUUAUUAACAAGCUGAAGAUAGAUUAUUGAAUAGCAUUAUCAUAUUCAUGUGAUCUUUUACCAUUUGUGCAAUGACUGGUAAAGUAAUGUUUGCGAUACCGACAUUGGAAGUGAACUCCGUAAUAGUGCCAAUAAACAAACAAACAAACAGCAUGAUCAAUACAGGAGGUAAGUAUCGUAGCGGCACCAACGUUUCACCGAUCUUUUUUGCCAAACCGGAAGCAAUGCUGCCUCUGGAUAUCGCGAAUCCACCGCCCAAAAGGAACAUUAAACUCCAAGGCAUCUUUCUUUGGAUCACGUCCCAUGUGAUCAAACCUUCUGAAGAUUUGACGGGUCUCUUAUCGGCUACGAAAGCAAAAAUAAUGUAUAGAUAAACAGAUAAGUUGUAUUAUACAGAAGAACUAUUGCCCAUACAUAAUUGCCUCUUUUAUACUCACGGUCUUUGUUGUAGCUACGAAGGAAAUCCAAAUCUUUCGGAAUGAAAAACAUUAUGAUAGAUAUGAAUAUGACAGGCGUUGAAUCUCGAACAUCUCUGUCAAUGAAAUUCAAAGAUGAGUAAAGGUGUACAGUGAAUAUGUAUUUAUACACGCGCGAGUUCUUUUUUCAUUAUGAGAGAUAAAUGAACCGUAUGUAAACAAAUAUUUAACAUUUCUGUUAUUGCUUCAGACCAUCCUCGUAUGAAGCCUGGUUUUCGGAAUAACCAUAAAAAUAUACAGGUAAUAAAAAGGACGGAAACUGCUGUUUCGUGAAAUGUAAUGCCACCUAGUUCUUUGUAUCUUUCCUGUAUCACCUUUAAACAGUUUUUAAACAGAUUCAAUAAAUGAGUGA